UUUUCUUGGUUAUUACCAGCGGCUUCUUCUCUGGCAAGUUGCAAUAUUUGCCUUUUGUUCUAAGUCAGCCCUCUCUCUCUCUCUCUCUCUCUCUCUCUCUCUCUCCCGACUUUCAAAUUCAUCUCCAAUCUACCGAUUUCGUCACAUUUCUGGUUGUUGCGUUGGUUGAAAUUCGGUUCUAUCUUUUGGGUCAGGCAUUGCUUGAGAGUGAACUUCAAUGGACUCAGCUUUGAAUCACCCCGAGUUUGAUUACUUAUUCAAGUUGUUGAUGAUUGGGGACUCUGGCGUUGGGAAGAGUAGCCUACUUUUGAGUUUUACAUCUGAUACCUUUGAAGAUCUAUCGCCUACUAUAGGUGUCGAUUUCAAGGUGAAAUACCUCAACAUUGGUGGCAAAAAGCUGAAGCUUGCAAUCUGGGAUACAGCUGGUCAGGAGAGAUUCAGAACAUUGACAAGUUCAUACUACCGAGGUGCACAAGGGAUCAUUAUGGUUUAUGAUGUAACAAGGAAAGAAACAUUUACAAACCUCUCUGAGGUGUGGGCCAAGGAAAUAGACCUCUACUCAACAAAUCAAGACUGCAUCAAGAUGCUUGUUGGAAACAAGCUUGAUAAGGUAUUCGUGGAGGGAUUUACAGAUUCAAGUGUUCUUUAUCAUCUUAAUUUCUUUUGCGAUGAUUCUUUCUUUCUCUGUACAUUAGUCUAUCGAUGGAUAUUCAAAAUUAGAUAUGACAGGAAAACUAGCCAGUGGAUUUUAAAUUAUAUCUCCCCAAUAAAGAAGGGAUGUAAGGUGAGAGAAAGGGUAAAGAGAUUAGUUGAGAACUUGUUGGCUGAUAUACUGGGAUAAUUUACCUAGAAGUAGAUCGCACUUGGCGCUGAAUUCCAUUCUAUUUAACAUUCAAAUGAUAUCAUCCCCAAAGCAUGUCUAUUUCAUAGUUUUAUUGUGUAUCAGUUUAUUUAUAAAAUAUCUUCCAUAGAGUUAUAUAUAAGGAGAAGCUCAUAUCUUGACCAAGAGUAUGCAGGAAACUUAUGCAUUAUCAAAAUUAUUAGCCUUUAAGAUGUGGAUAUACAUAUAUAGUAUUGGAUAUGUACCAAAAAGCAUCCGAGAGUAUUCCUGUAUAUACAAUUCAAUGUAGAAGUAUCUUUAUGAUUCUCUUUUAGAAGUAUUCAUUCCACAUAACCUGGCAUGCAUAUCUCUUUUAUAUGAUCUGCACCUUGUUUUCCAUAUCCUUGUGGAUGCAUAAAUUUGUACCAUUUCACUUGUUCAGCAAAAGUAAAUAUAUCAAUAAAUCCAAAAGAACAACAGUGAGGAUUCAUGCAUAUGCUGCUCAUUUUCCUUUUACAGGAAAGUGAUAGGGUCGUAACAAA